AUGUUAGUCUGUAUUUUGUGGUUGAUAUAAAAACACUGGCGCGCGAUUUUAAAUCUGAAAUAUAGAAUAUAUAAAAAUAAAUGCAAUAAUACUUAAAUGCAACGACAAAAUAUGUUGCACAUUACAAUAAAAUGUUUCAAUUAAUAAAAACACAGUGGGAUAUCAAUAUUAAAAAAUAUGUCGUAGUGUGAAAAAUAAAUAAAAAAUAUAAAUCAUGCGAUUUAAAUGGAUUUUUAAACAUGUUGAAAACUAAUUCAUAAAGGAAUUUGUUGGCAAUCAGUUUAGAGCGUGUUUUACCGCAACAAGCAGUCAUUAAUAAAAUUUAAAUGAUAACGGCUAAACAACAGCGUUACCAAUCAUUAAACUAAUGCGAAAUAUUGCCAAUGGCAAAGAAAACAACGCAAUAACCAAUUUGCCGUGUUAACCAUUGCUAGUGAAUAGCAGCAACAAAGCAAACAAAGAAAAAGAAGAAAUAAUAAUACUGAAGGUACGACGAGGCUAAUUUGUUUGUAAAUAAAUUAUUGCCAGAAUAAACAAGAAGAAAUAUAAUUAACAACAAAGAAAUUUGCAAAAAAAAAAAAAAAAAACGUUGAACUACUCUUUCCAGCAAUAUGCCAGCCGAUCAAAUACAAUAUUCUGAAAAAUAUUUCGAUGCUGUCUAUGAAUACAGACAUGUUAUACUACCACCCGACUUGACGAAAAUGGUACCCAAGUCGCAUUUAAUGACCGAAACGGAAUGGCGUAAUUUGGGUGUACAGCAAAGUCCUGGCUGGGUCCACUAUAUGAUGCAUGCUCCCGAGCCGCAUGUUAUUCUAUUCAGACGACCUCGCACGGAUUCAAACGAAACAAAUGUGGUGUCAACAGCCACAGCUCAAGCCCCUACUAACACCACUGCUCCGCCCACAACAAAUGCGGAUUUAUCACAAACCAACGUUUCGGUUAAAGGUUAAUUCAUCUUUUGAUGGAUGUGUGCCAUACAGUUUUAUUUAAAUAGUUAUACGUACUACCAUCCUAAUCAUUAUUAUUAUCCACCAAAGGAAUACACUAUAAAACCAGAUAACAAACAAAAAUCACACUCAUGGAUAUUUUUAAUAAAUAAUUGUUUUUAGUUAGCAUGUAAACUCCACACUUUCAAA